GGGGGCGCGGCGCCCGCGGCCACCCGGCACGCGGCGGGCCUCGGGACGGUUCGCGGCCCGGCCCCGCGCCGGGGAGCGGUGGCGGCAGUGGCUGCGGCAGCAGGCUGCCUCCUGGAGCGGGGCCGUCGGAGACUGCAUGGAGACCCCGCAGAGAAGACUUCCUCCAGGUGAGCGGGGGUCGGUGGCCGCCGGCUCCCGGUGACUUGGAGCUUUCCCUGCGGCGACCGCACGCGCCGAGAUGAGGAAUCCAGGUCUGCCGCUGCCCGCAGAGUGAGCGGCAGGCAACGGACUGAGGGCUGCCCCGCAAAAGAUGGACCCCUGUGAAGAUCUAGAAAAGUCCAGCCAUAAGUCUCUGGACUCCAGGGAGACCGGGCCUCCGGAACUGGAAGGACCACGGGCCUGCGACCCUGAGGCCCUGGGGAAAGGACACGAGGAGAUGUGGAGCCAGAAGUACCACCUGCAGAGCCCACGCGCGGAGAGCAGCAACAGUGAACGGCAAGAUGGAAACAGAGUUUCCGAAGAGCUUAUGAUGGUUGUCCAAGAAAUGAAAAAAUAUUUCCCAUCAGAGAGACCCAAUAAGCCGAGCACUCUAGACGCCCUCAACUAUGCCCUUCGUCGUGUGCACGGUGUGCAAGCAAACAUUGAGUUUUUCCAGAUUCUCCGUCCAGAUGGAGCACCUCGAGCAGAUGUGACCACAUACAGUCUUGAGGAACUGAGCACGGUUGCUUCAGAACACGCUUCCAAAAACACAGAUACCUUUGUGGCAGUGUUUUCAUUUCUGUCUGGAAGGUUAGUGCACGUUUCUGAACAGGCCACUUCGAUCCUGAACUGUAAGAAGGAUUUCUUGGAGUCCUCGCACUUUGUUGAACUGCUCGCCCCCCAAGAUGUGAGGGUGUUCUGUGCACACACUGUCCACGCUCAGCUUCCCUUCUGGAACAGCUGGACCCAAAGAGCAUCUCAGUACGAAUUCGCUCCGGUGAAAUCCUUUUUCUGCAGGAUCCGUGGAGGCGAAGUCAGAGAGCAAGAGAAGCGUUACUGCCCAUUCCGGAUUAUUCCCAAUUUGAUGCACGUACGUGUCUCUACCCAGCAGGAACCUGAGUCGUGCUGUCUCACCCUGGUGGAGAAAGUUCGCUCUGGUUAUGAAGCUCCUCGAAUCCCGAUGGAUAAAAGAAUUUUUACCACAACACACACCCCAGGGUGUGUUUUUCUUGAAAUAGACGAAAGAGCGGUGUCUCUGCUGGGUUACCUACCUCAGGAUCUGCUGGGGACAUCCAUCUUAGCGUACGUGCACCCCGAAGACCAUUCUCUCAUGGUUGCCAUACACCAAAAAGUCUUGAAGUAUGCAGGCCACCCUCCCUUUGAACACUCACCCAUUCGAUUCCGUACCCAAAAUGGAGAUUACGUCAUAUUGGACUCCAGCUGGUCCAGCUUCGUGAACCCGUGGAGCCAGAAGGUUUCUUUCAUCAUCGGUCGGCAUAAAGUUUGAACGAGUCCGCUGAAUGAGGAUGUUUUCGUGACCCAAAUAAAAAAGACGAACCAUAAUGACAAAGAUGUAACAGAAUUGCAAGAACAAAUUCACAAACUUCUCUUACAGCCGGUUCACAAGAGCGCCUCCGACAGCUAUGGGAGCCCGGGCGGCAGCACCUCGCAGGAGCAGCGCGUCGGAGGCGCGUCGUCUGGUGAGGCCGGCGGGCCCCCACCUUCUCUCAUUCUUUUCCCCCAGCUGACUUUGCAGCAGGUCUCCGCCAGUCUAAACAAAAUUAAGAAUCUCGGUCAGCAGCUCUACAUUCAGUCAAUGGCCAAGUCACCAGAUAAGCAAGUGACGGCGAUGCGCACAGGACGGCUUGGCGGUGAUGAGCAGAAGGUCUCUUCUGCCUUCCAGACGUUGAAAGACGAUAGCAUGCAUGUGGAGUCUAGUGAAGAUUGGAGGAAAGACCAGCAUAGCCCAUCUUAUCAGCAAAUAAACUGCAUUGAUAGUGUUAUCAGAUACCUGAGGAGCUGCAACGUUCCGGCUUUGAAAAGGAAGAGCGCGUCCUCUUCAUCCUCGGAAGACAGACAGAACCACAAGGCAAAUGAUGCCCAGACCUUGCACGGUAACGCGAGUGCCCUCCUAGCCAGCCAGAGGAUGGGUACAGAGCCAUCCCUUUCUGGUUUUCCUUCAAGGUUUGGUCUCUACUUAUUUCGUGAAUCACCAACAAUCCUGGUUUCCUAUUGCUCCUUAAUGGCCAGUUAUAAACACCUGCGAUUUUUCUUUUCACUGUCGGUUUCUCUCAUGCCCCCAGCUGUGCCUCAGACCCCAGCCACAGCUCACUUGGAGAUGUCUACUGCCAGGCGGUCUGCAGACGCUGCAGGACACGCCCCCCGGAGCCUGUCCCCGGCGGCGCUGAGCCUGGGCUCUGGCACGAGCCAGUGUAGCUACGGCAGCACCGUUGUCCACGCCCCGCCGCCAGAGUCAGCGACUCUGGCAGAGGAUGCUGUCCCAGCGUGUGAGCCCUGGACUCCGCGUACCUCAGAAGAAUUUCAACAGGUAGGGCUCACAAAAGCCAUGCUGUCAGCCCACGCACAGAAGGAGGAACAGAAUCAUGUUGAUAAAUUCCGAGAAAAGAUCCUGUCAUCGCCCUACAGAGCCUGUCUUCCGCAAGAAAGCAGAAGCAAAGCUAAACAUUUGUACGUUCAAGGUAGCUCCGCUUCCAAGCAGCGCAGCACGGCCGGCCGCAAGAAGGGGAAGCACAAGGGGAAGAAGCUGCCACAGCUGCCGGGCAGCAGUGGCACUAAGGACGCCUUCUGUCCCCACUUGCGAGGGGACGUCCAGGACACACAGCCCUGGGGCCCCUCCCCCGCCUCCUCUCCGUGGGCCUCCGGCCUGUCGUUCCCAGCUCCUUCCCCCAUCCCGGCCCUGGCCCGUGGGGGAGGAGGUCACGUGGCAGCAGUGGCUCUGUUCGAAUGUCUGUCUGAGCCACGUUUGCCCAACUGCUUGCAGUCUUUUCCUGCCCCCCCUCUUAGAUACUUAGAUACUUUGAUGACCAUUUUCCUGCACGAACCCCCUGUCUGUCCCCUUUUGUCACCAUCCUUCCCCCCAUAUCCCUUCUUGGGAGCACCAGACUCUUCCGAAAUUCCACCCUCAGCAUCAGCAGUGGCUGCCAGCCUGGAACCCCCGUGGUCGGUCCUCAGCCGAAGGCGAGCUGAGGGGAAAUGGGAGACGCCGCGUGAAGAGCGCGCACUCACUACCUCGAGGAGCAGCUCACCACUGUGGCUCAACUUACUGCAGGAAGACACGCUCAGAUCCCGCGAAUCUUCAGAUCAGAUGAGAAGGGGUAUUUGCCCAAAAGCCAAGGAUGUAAAUGACACUAACUUCUAUUAUCGUGUCGUAGGCAACAGCGGGAAUAAGAACAGUUACACGGCAUUACUUCACGAGGAGUCUCCUUCCAGAACAGGUUCUGCAGCAUCAGGAAGCAGUGACCACAGUAUAUGCUCCACUAGUGGUGAUUAUUCUUCUGAAAUCACCUCAGAGGGACAGCAGUCUCAGGAUGUACAGAAGAAAGAAACAUUUCCCAAUUUUGCUGAAGAGUCUGUGUGGAGAAUGAUAAAACAGACACCAGAGUGCAUUCUAAUGACAUAUCAGGUACCUGAGAGGGUGAAAGAGACCGUGCUGAAAGGGGACCUGGAGAGGCUGGCGGGCAUGCGGCCGCGGCAACCCCGGUUUUCACGCGCGCAGAGGGAGGAGCUGGCCGAGGUGCACUCUUGGAUUCAGAGUCAGACUGUCCCUCGAGAAAUAGACAUCCGGGGCUUUGUCACCUGCGAAAGCAAAGAUUCCCUUGGUGACGCCGCAGAGUCCUGUGGUCAAGCUCCAGCAGCAAACGGCAGUUGA